AUGGGUAGGGGGUGGAAUGAGGCGGGUGGGACAGGGGUGAAGCUAGUGAAGAUUGCCCUCGUGUUGCAAGAUAGCCAGCAGCAGCAUCCGAGCAACUCGGCGGCGACGUCCCUAGUCAGCAGCAGCAGCAGCCCCGCCGCGCCUGCAGUUAAUGAUCGCCUGCCAGCGAAGACACCGCCAAAUCCGACCACGACCACGACCACGACCACGACCACCUCACCCUCACCCUCGUCGUCAUCGCCGCGACCCGCACGCCCCACGCCCCCGACGGCCCUCGAGAGCAGCCAGAAACUCGCCAGAAAUGUCUCCCCAGGCCUCCUGGCUCGCAUGAAAUUCCUCAACCUCGACAGCGAGGCGAACAAACAGACGGGCCCCUCGUCUAUUGGCCGCAUUGACGAGGACAAGAUCCGCCGCCUGGAAGACUUCCACAAGGACCGCAGCUUCAACGUCGAGCGCCGGGGCACUGCCUGGAGCGGCAUCGGGCCCCCGCCAGACCCCUCGCUACUCGAGCCCCAAUUGACGGGCGAGAGCGUGCCCGCGCCAGCCAUGGCCAUGGAGCCCAGCUUCGAGAGCCAUCACUACCGCAGCGUCAGUCCUCCUCCAGUCAUGGAGCCUGGCUUUGAGAGCGACCACAGCAGUGUCGUCAGCACCAGCGACAAGGUGCUCCCCUCAGAGUCCGAGGCCGAGGCCGACGACGUGCUGGACAUGCAAAAGUACCGCCUGCCCGACAUCACCAAGACGAAGAGCCUCAGCCAGACCGUCGUCCCGACAGAGCAGCCAGUCACCACCGCCACUACCACUACCACCACCGAUACAACACGCCCACCCACGCCCCCUCCCAAAGAUACACCACCAGCCGAAGAAAUAUCCGUCCUGGACGACCACGAUGGCAUCAAUGUCGAGGCCUACUUCCAGCGCCGCCAACUCUCCCGCGCUACGUCCAUCUACACCCUCUCUAAGGCCAGCUUCACCAACCAGAUCCAAGGCCUGACCUCGAUGAAGCUGCCUCCCACCACCAUUGCCUCGGAAAUCACAGCACUUCCGUCGUCGACGCUCGCUGGCCGUGCGCUACACAAGGCGGCAAACGACAUUCGACUAUGGAUGGCCAAGGCAACAGAGGUCCUCAACGGCCUCGACGCAGAAGACGACGUCGAGUGGGCCGCAGCUGCCGGAAGAGAAGGACUGGCUGAGGUAGAUGCCGCUGUCGGCAAGUUUGAGGGACUCGUCAACGUUUACAUCACCGCCAUUGAGGACCUGCAGUCGCGACCAGACAUUUCCGCCCUGCCUACCAAAGACCAGACGACGCUCGUGUCCCAGAUGGAGGACAUUGUGAACAACUGGUCCAAGAUCAAGGAGACACUCAACGGCAUUAAGAACCAGGUUGAGGUGGCCAUGGAGUGGGAAGAGCUAUGGAACAACGUGCUGGGCGAGAUUGGCCUCGAGGUCGAGAACCUCAGUCGCCUAGUAUUUGAGAUGGAGGAGCGCAGACACCGUGUCAUAUCCGACUCGGUCGCUGAAGCCCCGGAAAAUUUUGAUAUCGCCGAGCUGGAGACCAUUGUCGAGGAGACACCACGACAGGCCAAGAUGCUCAACAACCGGUUUAGUAUGCCAGUACCCCCUACGCUCUCGGUCAUGUCACCCAUUUCCCCAAUACCACAGAUUGAGCAAGAAAACUCACGACUGCUGGCCCUCUUCGCGAAGCUGCAACCAUUACGUGCAUCGCUUGACUUUCUCCCUAUGCGACUGGCCUCCUUCCAAAUGCGCGCAAACAAUAUCUUCCCUUCCGCCUGUGAUGAACUGAUGCGGAGGAAAGAGCAGCUGGAAGACCAAGAGAAGAAGCUCGAAGCAGAAGCAGAUGCAUUGCGAGAAGAGCUAGGCGAAGACAAGUGGGUGCACAGCUUCCGGCAAGCGGGAAGCAAGGCCGUAGCCAUGUAUGACUCUUGCAUGAAGAGCAUCCAGAGACUGCAACAAGCCAUCGACGACAGCGACGAAGAGAAGAUUAGCACCCGCAUUGCAACCUACAAAGACAAGCGGGACCACUAUCCGCCAUCAAUGAAGCGUGUGUUGGAACUGAUUGACAUCGAAAUGACCCACAGAUCUACCGUCAAUGGCGAGAUUCUGCGAAUACAACAAGAUGUCCGGGCAAAAGUAUCGGACUUGGAGACGGUGACCAAGGAUAUGGACAUGAUCCUCGACGAGUUCACUGCUUCGCGUAAGCUUCGCGACUCGGUCUCUACCGUCUUGUCUGCGCGGACAGAGGCUUCAUUAUCGAACUCGGCAGUCGCAACACCCAAUAGCUCGCCUGCUUCAAGCGUUAUCAUAAGUCGGAAGAGUAGCGACCAUGGCACCAUGACACCAGCGGCUAAAAGUUCUCGUCGUCAGUCUAGCAUAGCUACUCCAAAACCUACAGCACCCACCAACCGCCGCUACUCGAGUUUGCCCAUGACCAGCGGCGUGACGAUCCCCAAGCUCGCGCCCGCGAGGCGUCUGGACAUGACACCCUCUCGCUCUGUAUACAGCAUGCAGACACGCUCCAUAACGCCUGUAUCAGAGAGGCCAGCAGUCAAACCUCGAUGGAACUCGAGUACAAAUAUGCGAGACACGGUUGUUGGGCAUAACUUCAAGCCCAUGACGUUGACGACCCCGUCACAAUUCCGCAGGGGCUUGGAAUCCCCAGAGCAAAGGUUGAGGAGCGUGUCUAGCCACUCUUCCAUCCCUGUUCGGAGCCCAUUGAGUCGCUCUUCUGCUCUGUCACCACCUCCGUCUAACCGUCCUACAUCAACUACGCCUGCGCACCAGCCUUCAAGGCGUCCAUUGGCGAGUCCCAUGCAGUCUCCUGGUACGCCCGCACGGAGCAAGCUGUCCAUGCGGACAACACCGGGUUCCUCGACGAAACCUCCCACGGGCACGCCAACCUCGGGACGCCGUGUGGAAACUGCCCAAGAUGUUGAGAGCCCUGCUAAUGAGGGAAGCCCGUCGGCUCGCCGUACCACCCGUUCUGCUAGUGCAAUGAACAACCGGCGUAGCAGUCUUCUUCCGGCACCAAAAACACGCACCGCAUCCACUUUGGGCAUGUCGGAUCUGACCCCUGCUACUACACCUGGUCGAAGCGGUAGCAGACUCGGUAGCAUUGGUGAAGGAAGAAAUAGUAGGGCCGGUGACGGACGUGCAAGUCGUGUCAGUGGACGACAGUCUAGUCAGGGAGACAAAGCGGUUUGGAGAUAG